AUGGUUGGAUGGGUUACCUGCCCAGCCUUGAAGACUGGGCCGAGUACUAUUUUCAGGGUUUACCAACGUAAGAAAGUUAUCAAACAAGCAAAUACAGCUCACGCAUAG